AUGUACUCGAUAAUUACAACAGGGGCCGUUGUUGACGACGAGCUGAAGCGGCUGGAAGAUUCUGGCAUCAUCACUCCAGUCACCUAUGCGGAUUGGGCCGCACCAAUUGUCGUCGUUCGGAAGCCCGAUCGCACCGUUCGCAUUUGCGCGGACUUCUCCACCGGGCUAAACAGUGCACUUGAAUCGAACAACUAUCCACUCCCACUCCCAGAGGAUAUUUUCAACCGGAUGGCGCAUUGCACGAUGUUCAGCCACAUAGAUCUGUCGGACGCGUAUCUUCAGGUUGAGGUCGACGAGGAAAGCAAGAAACUUCUCACCAUCAACACCCACAAGGGGCUCUACCGCUUCAACCGGCUUUCCCCCGGUGUCAAGAGCGCCCCUGGCGCUUUCCAACAGAUUAUGGAUGCCAUGCUGAGUGGUAUCCCGUGCACCUGUCCGUACCUCGACGACAUCCUGAUCGGUGGACGAACCGCCGAAGAGCACAAGCGGAACUUGUACCUUGUUCUACAACGCCUACAAGAGUACGGGUUCACAGUCAAGCUCGAGAAGUGCCGUUUCUUCAUGCGCCAAGUAAAGUACCUAGGACAGCUUCUGGAUUCGGAGGGCACCCGCCCUGAUCCGGACAAGGUGAAGGCAAUCAUCAACAUGCCUCCGCCACACGAUGUUUCUACACUUCGAUCGUACCUAGGUGCGGUAAACUAUUAUGGCAAGUACAUACGAGAAAUGCGCACCCUACGCCAACCGCUGGACGAGCUACUCAAGGAGGGUUCCAGCUUCCAAUGGUCCGAUGCAUGCCAACGUUCUUUCGACCGUUUUAAGGAAAUUCUCCAAUCGCCGCUCAUGCUGACGCACUACAACCCUCGCCUAGAGAUUGUCGUGUCCGCAGAUGCGUCGAAUGUGGGCAUCGGCGCCCGCAUUGCACACCGAUUUCCCGACGGACAAGAGAAGGCUAUCUACCACGCAUCCCGAAGCCUGACGCCCGCCGAAUCUCGUUACAGCCAGAUAGAGAAGGAAGCUCUAGCGAUUUUCGGUUCCAAGCGUGGUAUCCCAGCAUACACUGCCAACCGCCUCCAGAGGUGGGCCCUCACCAUGCUCCUGUAUGACUUUCGGAUCGAGUACGUCUCCACAGACCACUUCGGGCACGCAGACAUCCUCUCUCGCCUAAUCAACUCACACGUUAAGCCAGACGAGGAUUUCAUCAUUGCCUCGAUUGAGGUCGAAACAGUCAUCUGCAACGUCGUCUGUCAAUCCAUCGAGCAUCUCCCGAUCUCGUACAAGACGAUUGCCGCCGAGACCAGCCAGGAUCGGACAUUGCAGAAAGUUAUGGAGUACGUGCAAAAAGGUUGGCCAAGCGAUGCAAAAUCUCUCUCCGGAACACCGGAGGUUCAGCAGUUCUUCGCGCGUCGUGACUCGCUGUACGUAGCUCAGAAAGUCCUGAUGUACAGUGACCGGAUUGUGGUGCCGAAGAAAUUGCAGCAGAAAGUCCUUGAGCAACUGCACAGAGGACAUCCUGGUAUCGAUCGCAUGAGGUCAUUAGCUAGAAAUUUCGUUUAUUGGCCCAACAUCGAUGACCAAAUCACCGUUUUAGUACGCUCUUGCCAGGAAUGUGCCUCGGUCGCAAAAACUGACACCAAAACGAAGCUCGAGUCGUGGCCAAUUCCCGAAAAACCUUGGCAAAGAGUGCACGCAGAUUUCGCUGGACCCAUCAACGACACGUACUUCCUGCUAGUGGUGGACUCGUAUUCGAAGUGGCCGGAAAUCAUUCCGACCAAACGCAUUACCACCGCUGCGACAAUUUCCAGUCUUCAAAAAAUCUUUGGGAGAUUCGGAAUGCCGGAAGUUCUGGUGACCGACAAUGGGCCGCAGCUAACCAGCGACGUCUUCGAAGAGUUCUGUGAAGCAAAUGGGAUUAUGCACCUCAAGACAGCACCGUUUCACCCCCAAAGCAACGGCCAGGCGGAACGCUUCGUCGAUACGUUUAAAAGGACCGUCAAGAAAAUUCAAGCGGGAGGGGAAGACCUGGACGAAGCACUCGACAUCUUCCUUACCUGCUACCGAUCAACUCCGUGCAGAAGUGCACCUGGUGGGAAAUCGCCCGCUGAAAUCCUGAUCGGUCGUCCGCUGCGCACGUCUCUGGAACUCCUUCGUCCACCCAGCAAGUUCACCAAGGCUACCAACAGCAAGCAAGAUCGACAGUUCAACGAACAGCAUGGUGCCAAAGAGAAGAACUUUGAAGUGCAAGACAAGGUGUACGCCCAAGUGCACCAAGGCAACAACUGGAGCUGGGUCGCCGGAGAAAUCGUGGAACGUGUCGGACGAGUGAUGUACAACGUGUGGCUUCCGGAGCGGCAACGUCUGAUCCGCUCUCACAGUAACCAACUGCGGAAACGCUACAAUGAUGACAACGAAGUCCCGAACCAAGUUGAACCGUCCAUCCCCUUGGACAUACUGCUGGGCGCUUGGGGUCUCAAUCAACCUGAAGACUCCCAUGCAUCCAGUGUAGAACCGCCACCUGCAGAACCGGAAGGUUUCGACGACAUGCAACGAGAGUUCCUGCGAGAGCUGUUCGAGCCAACGAAUCAACCACGUCGACCUCGGGUACCAGCUAGAGCAAUCGACCCGGAUGAAGCGCUCCUGCGUCGCUCCUCGAGACAGCGGCAUACACCGGUGCGCUACGAACCGUACCAGCUCUACUAA